CAACAUUUUUUAAACCACGUGACCUGUGUUUACAUCCUCUUCUCAGCUGUUUCUUUCUUCUUCCACUUCGACACAACGGCUCGCCAUCCGUCACUUCUUCUUCGCCCUAAUAGCCACUUGGGCCAGUUAACCAAACACUAUUUAGCCUCUAAAGAGGUCGGUUAGCGUCUGUAAGUGACUGUCACUGACCGUCGCAUUGCACAUCUUGUUAGCGUUGCGAGGAGUGAGACGACAUUAUGUGAACGGACAGCGCAGCAGACAUGAUCAAUAACGCAUGACAACAUUUCAUGAAAACGCUGUUGUUGUUUUGCUCCAUCGUCACACGCAGUGCGAAGAAAGUGUUCAGCCGGCCGAUUGGCUGACAGGCCGCCGUCUGUGUGGCAACUGCAGCACGUGACCAGCUCAUUUGCUGCCUGGAAGUGACCGGCUGUCUGAACGAGCGUUUGAGAAGUCACAGUGGCAGCAUCCUUCAGCCGGCUGUUCAUCUCCAUGCCUCUCUGAGGAGGAACUGCUCACCCUGAGUACAAGUUUGGCCCGUGUUUCUUUUCUCUUUUCACCAUGGGGGGAGCUGUGAGCGCUGGGGAGGACAAUGACGACCUUAUUGAUAAUCUGAAGGAGGCGCAGUAUAUUCGCACAGAAAAAGUUGAACAGGCUUUUCGGGCCAUUGACCGUGGGGACUACUAUCUGGACGGAUACCGGGACAGUGCCUACAAAGACUUGGCGUGGAAGCAUGGCAAUAUACACUUGUCUGCUCCAUGCAUAUACUCUGAGGUGAUGGAGGCCCUCAAACUGCAGCCAGGACUUUCUUUCCUCAAUCUGGGCAGUGGAACUGGCUACCUGAGCACAAUGGUUGGCCUUAUCAUAGGACCAUUUGGCGUGAACCAUGGAGUUGAGCUCCAUAAGGACGUUGUUGAAUAUGCGAGAGAGAAACUGGAUGAGUUCAUAAAGAAUAGUGACAGCUUUGAUAAGUUUGAGUUCUGUGAACCCAUCUUUCAGGUGGGGAAUUGCCUUGAAAUCUCAACAGACAGCCACCAAUAUGACCGCAUUUAUUGUGGUGCAGGAGUGCAGAAGGACCAUGAAAAUUACAUGAAAGUACUGCUCAAAAUUGGAGGCAUUCUGGUGAUGCCUAUAGAGGAUCAGCUGACCCAGAUAACCAGGACUGGCCAGUGCACAUGGGAAAGCAAAAACAUCUUGGCGGUGUCCUUUGCCCCCUUGGUCCAGCAGAGCAGAGCUGAUGGAGAGAAGCCUGAUACUGUCCAUCUGCCCCCGGUGACUGCCCGCAGCCUUCAGGAUCUCUCUCGGAUCUACAUACGCCGCACGCUCAGAAACCUGGCCAACGAGGACAGUCAGGCGAAGGGGAUGGUGCAAAGAGUUCCUCAGAAGCGCAAACGCAGACGCUGCCGUCGGCGACGCAUCAACACCUACGUUUUUGUAGGCAACCAGCUGAUCCCCCAAAUGGUGGAGAGCGAGGAAGAGGAGCACCCCGAGGAAGAACACAAGGAAGUGGAGGAGGAGGAGGAAAGAGACAUUGGCGACAUUGAAAUCCUCAAGCAAGUGAACAUGUUGAGGGACCAAAUAAUGGCGUUACCCCUGCCAGAGUCACUGAAGGCAUAUUUGCUGUAUUACAGAGAGAAAUGACUGAUUCACUCAAUACCCACUCCUAACGGGUGCAGCGCCUGCUGAAAUGCUUUUCUUCACCCUUUUCAGUACAAAUGUAGCAUUAUUUCCAUUAAAUCUUGAUGACAAAACUGUAACAGAAAGAGACGUCAUAGAUAAUAUUGGAUAAUAAUGUUAUGAUUGUCAUGAGUUGUUAGUUUUUGUUGACAUUUUCUUUUGAUUUCUAUAUAAAUAUAUAAAAACAAUGUAAAAAGUAUACUAAAUGGACAUAGUUUCUGAAACCCAUUUUGAGAUUAAGAUUUUAUCAGAGUUUCAGGAUUUCUGCAGAAAUGUGCAGAUUAAAAAUUGUAUAAAAAUCAAAGUUGUUACUAUAUUUGUUAAAAAGAUGAUCAUGCUAAGAUGAAGACUUUUGAGCUUUUUUAGAGGCUUUAACUUAAUAUCCUUGUUGGUUGAACAAGAGACACUGAAAGGCAAAUAAGGCCACAUCCUCCCGUUUGAGUUCAAGAGUAAGACAUUCUUGCAUUAUCAUGAAUGGGACACUGGUGUCAUUACUCUUGUUAAUAUUUGGUUUUCAAUCGACGUCUUUUCUACCUUACCAUUAUGAGAGGUCGCUGAGAGACGAGUCAGGUUCAUAAGUUUUUCUACAGGGCACCUUCUAUUGUAACUUUUUCUACAGGGUGCUUACAUACUUGUGUUUUUUCACUUUGCAUAAGAGUAGCUGACAUCCUACUUGAUAUGAUAAGGUGUUGUAGGCCCUCUCCUCUCUAUGAUUUUCUUUCCAUUGUUGAUGCAAAUAGUAUAUUAGUUUAAUGGAUCAUAUCAGAGGUUUAAAAUAAUGACAAAGCUGGUGACGGGUGUUCAUCUGUGAUUUACAUUUUCAGCUUUUUAAGAGAGAAGUGGUAAAGGGGAGAUGUUAGUCAUUAAUGAGUACAUGCAUGAAUAUACUGUGUAUGUGUUGGGUGUUCCUGACCUUGCUCCACAUCUUAUGAUUGGUCACUGGAGGUGAUGUCCCAAGUGAUCGAGUCCAUAAAUGUUUUGAUGAAAGAAAAAAAAAAAAAAGAAUAUUAAUCAAUUAGAUGGCCUUGAGACAAAUCUCAAAUUCUGUAUAGUACUGCGCUUUUUUAUUGACAACAAUGCAAAUCAGGAUUUUGAAGCCUUUUGUAUCCUGGACUGAUUAAGUGUCCAGCAAAGCACCUUAAACUGCAGUCCUCAACUGAAAAAAGGUGCCAUUUUUUGGACUUAAUUUGUAUUGUGGACUGGACUUCUUGUAAUGUAAAUCCUGUUUGAUCAAAGUACAAUUUUGCUUGCAGAACUUGCCUGAUAGUGAUGGCUUUUAAGUGCCAACAAAUCCCCAUCACAUUAGGAUUUCUGUGAGUCUGCUGGCACAGUAAAUUUACCCAAACAAAUGUUUUAUUUCUAUAAAAACAUUCCACAGUGGAAAAAAAAAGAAAACAGCACAUCGCUGAUAGAUGUCACACUUUUUUCUUCAUGAAUCACAGACUUGGAAAUUUCUUUCAUCUUACUUUUGAAUGCAUAAUUUAGUACUCCAAAAGCUGAGUUGAAUGUUGUUGAUAGGAAUUCUGUUCAAUAUAAAAGUGAUAUGUAUUGUUAUCAUAUGAGUCUGCAUACAGUUUAAUUUGCAUUUGGUUUGUUGUAGCGCCCUCUUGCUGUACUGUAUCUUGACACUGGGAACGCUAUAGAUCAAGACUCCACUGCUGUCUGUUGAAUAGAUAAGAUAUAUUAGUGCUAUAGGUCUUCAUUUUGUUCUGGUGUAAUGAAAAAUGUUUUGUUUGAACACGGGGGUGAUUAUUCUAUUAGUAUUUUUGUGUGUGAAAAGGUAACAUUUAUUUUCUGUAUUUUUUUUUUUUUUUAACAUUCAUCAGAAAGCUUUGCAAGUAAGCAAUAAUGGAAUAAUUUCUCAGCUUAUAAUUACCAAUAACAACAUAGUCCCAUUUGAUUUGCCUAGUAUCCAUUAAAAUACACAUGACCAAUUACAGGCAUGCAGCAGUUUAUAUACCAUUAUCUAAAAUGUAAUUGCUAAUUAGAGAGCACAUUAAGUAUUGAAAGCAGGGGACCUACAACCUCGACUCUCAGGUCACGCCUUGCACCAAAGUUAAUGGGACUGCUGUGAUUACAUUUAAUGUGGACUAGAGCUGACUGCAAAACUGGCACAUGGUGAAGACCAAGUCACAAACAAUUCUGUGCUUUUAUAUUAAGUUAAUUUAUCAAGAGCCAAAACAGUUCUGUUACUGUUUAUCAGGCCUGGGUUGAAUUUUUUCAUUACGUGUGCGGUUCAUUUUGAAAAUGUGUUGUUUCUCCGUAAAUGUUUGGCACAAAAAUAAAGGUCACAAUCACGUUA